UAAAAAAGGUUUAUUCUCGUUGGAUCCCACACAAUUUGACAAUCGCUCAAAAAAAGGCUCGUGUGGAUUGGUGUACAGAAAUGCUGAAAAAAUACGUUUAUAAGAUCGUCACAGGUGACAAAUCAUGGACCUAUGCAUAUGAGCCCGAAACAAAACAGCAAUCGACCGUGUGGGUCUUCCACGACGAGCCAAAUCUAACGAAAAAAAAACCAUUUUCGUUGAUAAAUAUUCCUAUUUUCAUUAUUAGGCCAGAAAUAUUUAUAGCAGCCCUCGUAUUAUAGUAUGAAAUAGUUCACAAACUAAUGAUCACAUUUAAACACGCGCCAUUUGAAGGUUAGGGCUAUUUAAAAAUCAUACGGAUUUUGCUCUGGUAGCGUCAUCUAUGUGUCAGGACGAGGACUUUUCAAUAGACAUGUUAUAGACUGGCCAUCUCUGGACCAAGGAUUGUAUUAUGUAUCGCUAUGUACGGUUUUAACAAUUCGGUCGGCAGUAGCGUUACUUGAUACUUUGGACAUUUUCGAUCUGAAAACUAACGCUCUUACUUAUAUUUUUAAAAUACAUGUAUAAAUAGGCUAUGAAUAAAGACAAGGAGAACACUAAACGAACAAUUAGCCGCUAAACAAUUCUUAUCACUAACACACAAAGGCAUAGAGGGCAAUGAAAUAGUGGACGAGAUCGCCAAGAACCCAUGCAUUGUCUAUACGACGAUCUGAACAGAAGUAUGGUCAAAAAAAAAACCGAUGCUUGAGCUAGACGGGUGCAAAACUGCAAAAUUCAUGUGCAAAACGUAAAGACUGUAGGAACGUAAUCAGAAUACUAAUUAGUGGCGGCACACGCCGCAAAAUAGGGCUGACAGAUCGUGAAGGCUGCAGAAAAUGUCUAGUGCAAGGCACCAGGGAAACAAUGGAAUAUCAAAGAAUCUGUUAAAAUUCGCGUCAAACGCAGGUAUCCUAAAGAAAGGAAAUCAUAUUAAACUGUCACUACUGGUUUCUCGACGGUCACAUGUAAAUUUUCAGUCUCUGUGGUCGCAUUUCGCUUGCUGGGUUUGCGCUUAUCGAUGUUCUUAAUAUGUGUACGGUAUGCCUUAAAAGUACGAUUUUGAAAUUUGAUUUUCAGCAUUUUCCGCCCAACUUCCCUUAAAAGAAAAAACUGUGUUUGGCCAUUCAAUACAUACGUGUAUAGUAUUUGCGGGAAAUAAUUCGAAGUGAAAUUGGUACGUGGCGUAUACGUAACAUUUUUCAACUGCGAUUUGCAAGUGAGCUUUUAAAAGCUCUAUUGAUUUUCAUUUGAUCACCCAUGAACUCUUAAAAUUGGACGUAUCACUCAAAGCAAACAUUUGAUUGGCGUGACCGUUAUACGCAUAUACCCGUAUGUAUGUAUGUACAAGCAUACAUCUCCUGAACGCAAAUUGAAGGCAAAAUGCACAGAGUUUUACAUUCUUCUGACGAAUGCCGCAAAAUGCAGUUUGGCCUUAAAUAUUCGGCGGCGUUCUACGGACUCUUUUUUAUCAACGUGUGUUUGCUGAAUGCACAGAAUUACGAUUGUCAAGUUUUACUGCAGGACAAGGAUAUUACUAAUACUGACUGGGCGAGCUUGGAGCCCUGCCUAGGUGUGGCCAACAGUGAGGGCAUAUCGCUCAAUACCAGUGAGAAUGUGUGGCGCCUAAUAAAAAUUGCUUUCGAUGGCGUCGAGAAUGUACCGGCGGAGGUGUAUGGCAAGAUACGUUUGGUGCUACCAGCUAUCAGCGUAAUAGAGCUGUCCAACAUCAGCAUGACACGUGUGGAGAUAGUGGAGGCCUUCGGUGGGGUGCACACAUUGAGCAACGACACGAGCAACGGUUUUAACGACGAACAGAUGCAGUUGAUUGCCAGCAAAGUACGUUACGAGUGGCUGGGCAAGGGACCGGACACAUAUUCGGAGUAUGAUUUAAUUUCGAUGGGCGAAAUCGUGUGUCAUCUGAAUGAAAGCGACAUUGAGCGCAUGCAUGCGGAUGCUUUCAAAGCGGCCGCCGAAAGGAUUGGUGGCAUCGAGUCUUGUCCACAAACACAAUUGCAAGCAUAUGCCAAAUUGGCGAUGCGAAAGGAUGCUUUUGGAGAAGUCAAGAAUUGGUCAAAAAUUGAUGUCAGUAUAAUCGGCAACAUUGUUAACGGAUUAACACAAUCUGAACUAGCUGUUAUUGACGAGAAUAAACUAAAGCUUAAUCAUUUCUAUGUACAAAAACAUAGGAAGAAUGGCAAAGGACGAAAUGGAAAAGGAAUUUCCGCAGCUUCUAACUCUAAUCAGACGGGCGUUAAUAAAUCUAACAGCCGCAAAGCAGAAUGAGAAGAAGCAGUAAGUGACAGAAGUUAUGACUUUUUUU